UAAUUCGGCCAAAGAUAUUCCUAUCCGGUCACUGUUCAUCUUCAUCGCGCCUUGUCGGAUCAGACUCUUCCCUCCACAGCUCGGCACUCUCUCCUUACCGCAACUUAAAAACCUCCCAUAAACCCCUGCCCCUCUCUCUCAUCUUCAGCCAAAACAGCGGGAAAAUGCAACUCUCCCUCACAAUCUCUCCCUCUAAAUCUCCCCAUAUCUUCCCCCUCCAUCGCCACCACCGAAUCCCCAACCUUCACCCGCCUCCUCACGCGCUCUCCCUCCCCGCGAACGCCGUGAAUCCCCUCCAAAGCUCCGGCUACUUGUCCACCAUUCACCGAGCGAUGGAGGAAGAAGAAGAGUAUCGGAAAGCCCGAGCCGAAGUCGCUCGCAAAGGCGUCGACGUCGAGGGGUUCUCCAUCGAGGGCGUCUCCAUCGGUGGGCACGAGACCUGCGUGAUUGUGCCCGAAUUCAAGUGCGCCUUCGACAUCGGGAGGUGUCCCACGAGGGCCGUUCACCAGAAUUUUGUGUUCAUUACCCAUGCGCAUCUCGAUCACAUUGGUGGGUUGCCAAUGUAUAUCGCUUUCCGCGGUUUGUAUAAUUUGAAGCCUCCAACAGUGUUUGUUCCUCCUUGCAUUAAAGAAGAUGUGGAGAAACUACUUGACAUUCACAGAACCAUGAGCCACGUGGAACUGAAUCUUGAUUUGGUUGCAUUAGAUGUGGGAGAAACUUAUGAAUUGAGAAAUAAUCUCGUCGUUCGGCCAUUUAGAACUCACCAUGUUAUUCCCAGUCAGGGUUAUGUCAUUUACUCUGUCAGGAAAAAACUAAAGAAGCGGUACAUUCAUCUUAAAGGGAAUCAAAUCGAGAAGUUGAAGAAGUCUGGUGUUGAGAUUACAGACACCAUAUUGUCUCCAGAGGUGGCCUUUACCGGGGAUACAACAUCUGAGUACAUGCUUAAUCCACGCAGUGCAGAUGCGUUGAGGGCAAAAGUUCUGAUAACCGAGGCGACUUUUCUGGAUGAUAACAUAAGUAUAGAGCAUGCACAGCAACAUGGCCAUACUCACUUAUUUGAGAUUAUUGAACAUGCUGAAUGGAUUCGAAAUAAGUCAGUAUUGCUCACCCAUUUUUCUUCCCGUUACAAUAUCGAGGAUAUUAGACAAGCUGCUUCCAAGUUGCAAUCCAAGGUGUCAGCAAAAGUAGUCACCCUUACUGAAGGUUUCAAAUCAGCAUACUCUUAACUUCAUAUAUUUCUGUUUUCUAGAAUGUAGUUUGAUGGACGCAAGGAAUAGACAUGUAAAUGUAAUUAUCUCUCCAUAAUUUAAUUGCUUCUCACA